AUGGGUACUAGUGUAGAGAAUGUGGGCAUACUUGCCAUGGAAUUAUACUUUCCUUCACAGUACGUCAGCCAGGCGGAGCUGGAGAAAUUCGAUGAAGUGUCCUCUGGGAAAUAUACAGUUGGACUUGGACAACACAAAAUGGGGUUCUGUUCUGACAGGGAAGACAUCAAUUCCCUCUGUCUUACAGCAUUACAUAGGCUUAUCGAAAAGAAUAAUAUAAAUUUACAUGAUAUUGGACGUUUGGAGGUUGGCACUGAAACUAUAAUAGAUAAAAGUAAGAGUGUUAAGACAUUUCUAAUGACCUUAUUUGCCAAAGCUGGUGCUACAGACAUAGAAGGUAUUGAUACUACUAAUGCUUGCUAUGGAGGCACAGCUGCACUGUUCAAUGCAAUAAACUGGGUUGAGUCUUCAUCAUGGGAUGGUAGGAAGGCUAUUGUCGUGGCAGGAGACAUUGCAAUUUAUGGUAAGGGGCCUGCUAGACCCACAGGAGGGGCUGGGGCAGUAGCAAUGCUUGUUGGCCCUAAUGCACCACUAGUAUUCGACAAAGGGGUAAGAGCUUCAUACAUGACACACACUUAUGACUUCUACAAACCUGACCUAGCGUCAGAAUUUCCUUAUGUUGAUGGGAAACUAUCCAGUAUAUGCUACCUAACUGCACUGGAUAAUUGUUACAAUUUGUUUUGUAAGAAAAUGAGAAAGGAUGACCCUAAUUUCAAGGGAUUAUUGAGUUUGGAUGGAAUGUUGUUUCAUUCACCUUAUUGUAAAUUAGUACAAAAAUCAUUGGCAAGAAUUACUUUUAAUGAUUUCUUAAAUUGUCAAUCUGAGGACCUUGAGAAGUUGUUUCCUGGAAUGUCUGAAUUCUGUAAUUAUAAAUUAAAAGACACAUACUUUGAUAGAGAUGUUGAAAAGGCUUUCAUGACAUACAGCCAACAAUUGUUUGAUGAUAAAACAAAACCAUCGCUUCAUAUAGCUAGAAAUGUAGGGAAUAUGUAUACUCCAUCAUUGUAUGGGGGCCUGGUAUCAUAUUUAAUCAGUAAAUCUCCAGAGCAAUUAAUUGGAAAAAAGUUUGGUUUGUUUUCUUAUGGCUCUGGAUUAGCUUCCACUAUGUAUUCAAUGAGCAUUUGCAACGACAUGAGUGCAGGCUCAAAGCUGGCAACAUUAAUCAAUUCAUUGCAUAAGACAGUUUCUUUACUGGAAAAAAGGGAGUGUGUUGAUCCAAAAGUAUUUUCAGAAAUUAUGGAAAACCGUACAAAGAACUGCCAUACAGCCCCCUACCAACCAACAGGGUCAAUAGAUGUACUGUUUCCUGGCACUUAUUACCUUGUCAACAUUGAUGGCCAAAGAAGACGUACAUAUGAACGUAAAAUAUAAUUUUUUACUAGAUAUUGGUG